GUCACCACUGGCGUUCCUCAGUUCAGCACCUCGACGAUCUUCACCACCUCAGUCCGCACCAUUACCCAGUGCCCUCCUGAGGUCACCAACUGCCCCACUCGUCCCAAGACCGUGACUGAUACCAUUGCCAUCUCUACCACUAUCUGCCCGGUCACUGCCACUGAGACUCCUGGCCAGCCCGCUCAGCCUACC